UCAUCUGACUCCAGCAGCAGCGAGAGGGGAGUGUGACACAGGGGGAGGAGGAGGAGGACUCCAAACUUUAUCCAGCAUCCAACUUCUCCGGGACUUCGGGCUGCGUCUUCCCCGGUAUCCCUGUACAGCUUCGAGUACGCCACCCCCCGUAUCCCCACCCCUCCAGGUACCAGCCACGGCUGUGUGAUUCCGGCUGUGCGUUCCUGGACCACCAAGACAAAUCGGGUGAUGGAUAGCAGAUCUGGGUCCUUGCUACUCUUGGCCGUGUAGGCGGUGGGGGACAGCUGUGUCUAUGGAGCCCUCCAGAACCCUCUCCUCCUGAGUUGGACUUACCACCCCGGGGGUCACCGCAUGCCCGCUGGAUAUUGGCUCUGUGGAAGAAUUGAUUCCAAUCUGAAGUUGUAUUUGGCCAGAGCCACUUGCACCCAGAGACUCUAUCUCUGGAAUAUGAGUUACUGACAUGGACCACACUGGGCCAGUGAGCACAGCACACAAUAAAGAGACCAAAAGUUCAGUUCUGGAUGGAAAUGGCUUUUCUGAAGUUGGAAAGAAAUCGGGCGUGCUGACCACUUCGGCUGGAGGUCCAGCUCAUCUGUUCCCCACAUUCCAUGCCCCUUUCCCUAUUGACAUACGGCACCAGGAAGGGAGAUAUCACUAUGAGAGUCAUGGAAUUCAUGCCAUUCAUGGCCCCCCAAGUCUCAGUGGAAGUCCUGUUAUUUCUGACAUCUCCCUAAUCCGCCUGUCUCCUCACCCAGUGAGCACCACAGAAUUCAGCCACGCUCACCAUUAUGUGAGUCCCCACAUGGAACAUUACCUGAGGUCUGUCCACAGUAGCCCCACCUUGUCCAUGAUCUCUGCAGCCAGGGGGCUCAGCCCAGCUGAAGUGGCCCAUGAGCACUUAAAAGAAAGGGGCAUCUUUGGCAUUGCUCCCCCACCACCUGGCGUCAACCCUGCUGAUUACUACCACCAGAUGACGCUCUUGGCAAGUCACCCAAGUCCUUAUGGUGAGCUCCUCUUGCAAAGUGGAGCAGUGGGCCCUCCAAGCCACCUGCACGAUUAUCUGACACCCAUGGAUGUUUCGCGGUUCUCUAGUCCACGAAUCACGCCAAGAUUAAGUCGGAAAAGAGCUCUUUCCAUCUCGCCCCUCUCUGAUGCCAGCAUUGACCUGCAGACUAUGAUCCGCACAUCACCCAACUCACUAGUAGCUUAUAUCAACAAUUCCCGGAGCAGCUCUGCAGCCAGUGGCUCCUAUGGCCAUUUAUCAGCCGGAGCCAUCAGUCCAGCAUUUAGCUUCCCCCAUCCCAUCAACCCUUUGGCUUAUCAGCAACUACUCAACCAGCAGCGCAGUUUGAGCUCCACGUUUGGACACAGCCCCCUCAUCCAUCCGUCUCCCACCUUCACGUCACGUCAGCAGGCAUCCCUGGCCACAAGCAAUCCUGCUUCUGCCCCAACCAGUAGCAUCAACACUGCAUCCAGUUCCAUCCAGAAUAAGCAGAACAGCGAGUCAGCUGUGAGCAGUACCGUCAAUCAAGUCAUCAACAAGCGAAGCAAAGUGAAGAUUGAGGAAGAGAUCCAGAGCCGUGACUCCCCCAGCCCCCCGGACCAUGUGACAGACCUGAAAGAUGAAAUGGAUAGAGAUGAGUGUAAGCAGGAACCAGAAGUCGUAUAUGAAACGGACUGCCAUUGGGACAGCUGCACCAAGGAAUUUGACACCCAAGACCAGCUUGUCCAUCACAUCAAUAACGAGCACAUCCAUGGGGAGAAGAAGGAGUUUGUGUGUCACUGGCGGGACUGCACGCGGGAACAGAAGCCGUUUAAAGCCCAGUAUAUGCUGGUGGUUCAUAUGAGAAGACACACGGGGGAGAAGCCACAUAAAUGCACAUUUGAAGGCUGCUUCAAAGCAUACUCCAGGCUGGAAAAUCUGAAGACGCAUCUCCGGUCCCACACUGGAGAGAAACCUUAUGUGUGCGAGCAUGAGGGCUGUAACAAGGCAUUCUCCAAUGCAUCUGACCGAGCUAAGCACCAGAACAGGACUCAUUCCAAUGAGAAACCAUAUAUCUGCAAGAUCCCGGGCUGUACAAAGAGGUACACGGACCCUAGCUCUCUGAGAAAGCAUGUUAAGACUGUACAUGGCCCCGAGGCGCACGUUACAAAGAAGCAACGUAAUGAUGUCAUUCCCAGACCUGCUCCUAAAGAAAACAAGGACAGCGAAGCCAGUAACAUGCUGUCUUCAGAACACACAGAGUCUAACGGAGCCCUUAGAGGCAGGGAGGACUGCUUCCAAUCCAGGACUAUCAAAACUGAGGACGGCAUGAUGCAAUACAGUCCUGGUGGGCAGUCGUCAUGCAGCAGUGAGCCAUCUCCACUUGGCAACGCCAACAACACUGAUAGCGGAGUAGAAUUAAACUUACAUGGUGAAGGAGGCCUGGGAGACAUCUUUGGUUUGGAGGACACUGGCCCUGUGGUGGACUCCACCGUCUCCUCUGGUAAUGCAAUGAUCGGAUUGCAUCUCAGAAGACAAGGUGGCACCACAGUGCAGAGGCUGGAACAGCUUAAGAAAGAGAAACUGAAGACGUUAAAGGAAUCUUGUUCAUUCAUGAAUACAGCUCCACCCGCGAGGAACACCAAACUCCCAGCUAUCCCCGGAAAUGGCUUUUUACUUGACAGCAUUGGUGUCCCAAGCGGUGUGAAUACAAACCCAAGAAUCUCAGAUCUCUCUUUGAAUGAUAUCACCAUGCUGAACCAGUUGAACGAGAGACGUGAUAGUGCCACAAGCACAAUCAGCUCUGCAUACACAAGCCGCCGAUCCUCAGGAAUCUCCCCAAAUUUCUCCAGCCGACGUUCAAGUGAAGCCUCACAGUUUAGCAGACGACAAAACAAUGGGAGCUCUACAGAUUCCUAUGAUCCUAUUUCCACUGAUGCAUCUAGAAGGUCUAGUGAUGCCAGCCAGUAUAGUGGAUUACCAACACUUCUGAAUCUAACUCCCGCUCAACAGUAUCGGUUAAAAGCCAAAUAUGCAGCAGCAACUGGUGGCCCACCUCCAACACCCCUCCCCAAUAUGGAGAAAAUGAGCUUGAGAAACAAAAUGUGUCUGCUGGAUGGGCCAGACUUUUCCCUACCUGCUUUCAGACAGCCCCCUGGCCCAAGACGAUGCAGUGAUGGCUCUGGUAAUACUACAGUACCAAUGUAUUCACAUGAGAUUCCUGGCCACAACAUGAGACGUGCUAGUGACCCAGUCAGGACAACAGCAGGAAUCGAAGGCCAUCAUCCAAGGGUUCAGCGUUUCUAUAGCAUGAACAGCAUGAAUACUCUGCAUCCGCCACAGAUUAUGGAAAGAAGAAAUGCAAGUCUUCAGCAGUACACUCGCUCAGAUGGUAGCCUUCAUAGACACAUCUAUUCACCGCGGCCACCCAGCAUCAGUGAGAAUGUCAUCCUGGAAGGCAUAUCAGCUGAUACGGACAUUACUGGUGGAGAUGAUGACCUUGUACUGCCAGACGAUGUGGUCCAGUAUAUUAAAUCUCAAAAUAGAGGAGCAGCAGACCAUAACCCCACUUCUGAUUUUAAUAAUCAACCUCCAAAUUUCCAAAACAAUAUGAAAAAUUACCAUCAGUCAGCAAUGGUUCAAUGUAGGGCUGCUGGGCCUGACACAAGUAGGAACUUCCAAGCUAUCGGAGAAACUAUGGAUACAUCUGAGGUGCUGAAAAAUAGCAUGCCUGUGCAAUGGAAUGAAGUCAGUUCAGGUACUGUAGAUGCCAUCACUGAUGUGCCAAAACAGUCUUUCAGCCAGGGGAAUUUAGCAGUUGUACAUCAGAAGCAAAACUUUGGCCAAUGUCAAAACUUCAUCCAACAGACAUUCAAGUCUAAUCCAAAUAAUUUGUCUUCAGCACAAGAGUUUGCGCAGAGAAAUGUAUGUGUUAAUGGACAGAGAUUUAAUUAUAUACAGCAAAGGCAGCAGCAGGGGAAUUUGUAUCAAAAUGCCAUUUCUGAUUUAAACCAACAGCAGAGUUAUAACCAACACAUGCCAAGAGUAGGUAAUAAAGAUCAGUGCCAGCUUUCAACAUCCUCUAAUGUGUUAGAAAAAGCUGGACUUCACAUGCACUCUUCACAGAAUAACACAAUUAACAACCAAUGCAUGAUGAUGAACGGCAGUCGACAGGUGGUGCAUGGAACAAACGCUCAGAACUAUGCAAAUAACUUUUAUGUCAGUUGUGAGAACCUUCGACCACCAAACGCCUACACCAACCAGAGUUCCCAGAAUACUUUCAGCUCUCAGCGCAGUGAUAUGGGGAUGGCUGGACAGGUAGUGAAUAAUGUAAUGCUUCAGCCAAGACCUCCACUUGGACCACAUCUCCCUAACAGGCAAACAAGUUUACAAUCGGGGCAUCCUCUCACUUGUAUGAGGAGCCCACACUUGGUGAGUGAGCAUAGUCCAUGUCAACAGACAGCAGAGGCAACCCCGAAGAGAACAAGUGAGGAAGCUGAGCCAAAGCAAUGCAUGAAUGCUAAAGAAAAUGGUCUACUCUAUUAUUCUGGCCAAAUACACAUGUAUGAACAGAAUGCCAAUUUUAAUGUGGGUAUGGACUGUACAGCUAGACAGGUUCCCACCAUGCCAUCCUCAGGUGUCAACCAGGUAACAAGCACUGUGGACUCGCAAGGCCUGGAACACCCACCUGCUGUAGUUUUUGAUGCUAUGUUGGAUGAUGGAGACCACUCUAGUCUCAUGUCGGGAACCCUAAGCCCUGGUCUUCUGCAUAACUUCUCCCAAAACUCUUCUCGCCUCACAACUCCUAGAAACUCUUUGACUUUUCCUUCUAUCCCAGCCGGCAUAAGCAACAUGGCCAUAGGUGAUAUGAGCUCCAUGCUUACAACAUUGGCAGAAGAAAGUAAAUUUCUUAACCUCAUGUCUUAACAAGAAGCACAAGUCACAAAGGCAAUUCAUUGUGGGUUCUUAUAGUUUGUAUAUAGUUGGGAAUUGUCCCUAGUGGAUAGGACAAUAUCCAUUAUAUUGUUAUGACUGCAUUACAGGACCAUAUGACUUGUCAAGUGCAUAAAACGGAUCCGAGCUGUCUGUCUAGUUGUAGAUUGCUGACUCCGAGAAAUAUAUCCUGCAGAAAAUAAUAAUAUUGCUACAUACUGUAUACCAAUUUCUAGAGACAUCUUCUAGACAUCCAUAAUGGGUCACUAAUUUAUAUUUUAAUUUUCGGAUGUUCACUUUCUCAAUUGCCCACAUCCUUUCCCUGAUCCAAAAGGAUGUGGGCAAAAAAAAACUUUUAAAAAGUGUUUUGCGACUUCUGGUGCACAGGCGAAUGGUCUAUCCUUUAACACAGUUUUGAAGGGGCUCACAGAUUAGGUUUUAACCUCAAACCGCUGCUGUAAUAAGCAAUAGGAAGUCUUAACAUUACUGUAUACAGUCAGAUAACGGGAAAACUGCUGUUUAUCAGUGCACAUAACAUUGCCAACAAAGCCUCAAUGUUAUUUACAACUGUUUGUAAUUACUCAGUACAUGGAUUUUAUCACCUUUAUGAAGCAUGGAAUUUUAUGUUUAUAUGUUGUGCCAACUCACUCACAUGUCAUGAAAAGCCAUAUUGUAUGUUGUAGUGGGGAAAUUCUUUGUGAACAUUCAGCUGUUUCUCAGAGGUAUGAUUUAUGCUCCACCCACUUCCUGUAUGGCCACACUUAUAUCGUUUCUCUUUUAACCUCAAACUGCUGAGCAAAUUGCAUAGUAUUAUGACUGUAUUUUCUGCACUCAGAGGUCUAGGUUUACAGAAACAAGAGGUAUAUUUUUUGUGACCUGUCUUCAGUAUUUAAAGGGAAACUGUAUUUAUGAAUAUUAUUGUGAAAGGCUAAGUUAGGGCAAACAUUGGAAAUAAGUGUAUGGAAAAACUUUACCCCUGAUGGAGAGGAUUGGUAGGAAUUGCUGCUUUUUGCUGAGAGCUUCUCAUGUGUUGUGAAAGCAACAACGUUUAUGAAGCUUAGUGGAUGAUGUCCCCUUUUUAGAGCCCUUAUAAAAUGAAGGCAGCUACAUGGUAACAGCUUUAGGAAUCUUUGUAGGCCAAGUGGUCCAUUUGUAUAGCAGAACAGUGCCAUAUGUAAUGUUUAUUUACUGCAUGAAACACAGAUGGAAAGAGGAUGUAGUUCACAAAGGAAAGGAGAGAGAGAAGCAAUUCAUAUUGAAUAAUAGUGCGUGCAGGUCUUCACCCUACCCCAACUCUCAGGCAAUGUGGAAGAAAGCCUCGGAAACACUCCACUCCAUAUUUGUUUUAAUACAUAGGCCCUAUAGUGCUUUAUUACAUGUUAAUGUAUGUGAUGUUUUGUAUUUGAAAUAAUAGAUUCUGUCCGCCGGUAUUUAGCCGCCUGUUUGGGAUUCUGAACGCCAGGAUCCCGACAGGUGGUAUAUAACCGCAUACCGUGAAUAGUAGUCUAUAAUCUAAACAUGAAUGGAACCAUCUUUUCCGGCCACUCUUCUGUAUGGUUUGUGUUCUCUGGGACAAAUCUGAGUGCACAAUGGUUGAGAUGCAACAAGCGUAUUAUUAUGGGAUGUUGUGCUUUGUUUGCAUCUACAGCAUGUCGUAGUGUACAUGUUUGCUGCAGGGGGCGAUUGCUUCCAUUGAUGGGAGGUAUUAGUAACAAAUGCCUUCAUGCGGAGGAGGUGCACCUUGUAUUGCAGAGUAACAGGUGUGCAUUCAUUGGCAUUCUGAAGGGGAUACUGAAUUUUGCAUCAGGUCUGAGCUGGUAAAGGUCUGGUUUCGUCUUGCAUUUAACUGGAUGCAUUUUGCAACCUGUUGUUGCACUGGUAAAAAUCACCUUUUUAGACACACUAAAAUCAUACAAGUAAUAAAGGUAGCCCCAAUGUUAUACUGAGUAUUAACUUAAGCCAUAACUAACUGUAAACUUGCAGUAUUUUAGCAAAUAAGCAGAAGACUGUCAUCUAUUGAAAGGGGACGAUAUACAGAUGUAGCAAAUUGGACUUUGAUUUAAAGUUUCCAGUUUUGCAGAGUCUGCACUUUAGGUGUUUAUGCCUUGGUGCUGAUCUGAUGUGCGGAGGUGUCACCCGAAACCACACAAUAGGCACACCUGAGCUGAUGAUUUGGGGGGCAUCUGUGCAAAACCAAAGUGGUUUGAGGUGUGUAUACAGUGUGCUUUCAAAUAAUGUCCUUUUAAUAAAUACCUUCUGCACAAUAUAGUAAGUACCAAUCGCAGCCAUGCACAUGCCAUCCUCAGAAAUGGCAGCUUUGCAGAAGCCUAAAGGCGUCUUGUAUAGCUGAAUUCUCAGUCACCUACAUACUUGGAGCUGGCAUUAGUAACAGAUUUUGAUAACAGAUCUUACACAAUCCAUAAGGAGCACUAUGAGAAAGCGGCAGUACUACUUUCUUGUUGUUUAUUUUCAUCUCUUAUUUCUUUCCCUCUGUGAUACGUUUAACAGUUAUCAGUUGAAAGCUAUUUUUUUCAUCCUACUGCACAACAUAAAAAUUAUUUUGUGUUUAAUCCACAAGUUUGUGGAUUCAACAUGUGUAAAUAUCCUAGUGGGUACAGUAAUAUCUGACCAGCGUUAAAGUCCCCUCAAACAUGAUCACUCUUUAUGGCACUUAGUGCAAAUAACACUUGCAGCCAAUGAUAAGGUUUAGGUAAAACGCGUGUGCUGAUCUCAUAGUACAAUAGAAAUAAAAUGUCUUCCAGUUCUACUGUACCUUCACGUUAACUUUUAUGCUUUUAAGCGUACGUGUAAAACACUGACUGUUCUGGUACUUUAUAAGCUACACAUUUGAUAUUUUACUUUGCUGUAAAAUGCACAACUUCCUCAUGAUUGUGGCCAUGUAUCAUUAUCAGAUGUAUUUUAGGGGGAGGUCAGAGGGCAUUUGUGAUUAGCCUCAGAACUUUUGUGUUCUGGAAUUGUCCCUUUUUUAUUAUUGACCAACUAAAUAUAAAUAUUCAUCCUAUUCUGUAGGAUGAACCUAUAAUGAGUGAGCUGUCUUAAGCAAUAAGUGUUGGAGGGUAGCUAAAAUGAAAAAUUCAAGAAAUCUAGUACCAAAUUCUCAAUACAAACAUCUAAAUUUGUGUUAUUUAUUGCUUGAUAUAUAUCUAAUAAUGAAUACUUUUAAAGUGAAUAUCACUUCUACUGUAUACAAUGAGGUUGUGUAAGGGGGUUGAAUACGAAAUCCUGUCAGUUGGGAUCCCGACAAUCAGAAUACUGUCAGAAUCCUGAUGGAUCCCACAGCAUUACCCUAACCUCCCCCACCCUCACAGCCUAACCCUAAACCUUGCCUUGUGCAUAACCCUAACCCCUAGGUCAGUACUUCCUCAUCUGUUGGGAUUCUGACCAUUUGGAUCCCGCUGUCAUGACUACAUCCCAUGCUAAGGAUAGGUAGAUGCCGUCUCAUCAUUGGUGUACUAGAUGCAUUUUCCCAUUUAUCUUAUGUUUGUUAGGACUUUAUAACUUGACAGUUAUUGAGGAAGUGUAUUAAUAAUGAGAAAAGUUUCACCAUAACCGAAAUUAGACAAAGUGCUGCGGUGGGUAGGGGGUCUGCUUGCAGUGAUGGAACAGAUGCAUUGGCUCCAGAGCAGACUGUCCCUAGAUAUCAUUAAAUCUUGGCAGCUAUAAAAAUGGGGAUAGGACUAAUGGGCCCUACACACAGCGCGAUCCCCCGCCGAGCUGCCCGACGGCGGAUACGGGCGACCUGGCGGUGGGGGGGGGAGUGACGUUUCUUCACUUCCCCCGUCACCCGGCUCCAUAGCAGUGCAGGCAAAUAUGGACGAUCUCAUCCAUAUUGGCCUGCAUGCACAAGCAACGGGGCACCAGCGAUGAACGAGCCCGGGGCCGCGCAUCGUUCAUCGCUGGUGCCUCCAUACUGAAAGAUAUGAACGGUAUCUCGUUCAUUAAUGAACGAGAGUGUUCAUAUCUUGCAGUAUUAUCUGCCAGUGUGUAGGGCCCAUAAGUUUCUGCACAGGAGCUGAACAUACCAGUUGUUACAUAAUUAUGUUUACUGUAGAAACAUAACCAUGACAAAUUAGCUGCAAGUUGAUUAAGUUAGCAUUCAGUACUUUCUACAGUAGCUACAAGUAUCCCCUACAGUGGCAGGAUGGUACUAUAUCUAUACCCAACAUUGGCAGGAUGAUACAAUAAUUAUGCCUCUCAUUGGAAGGAUAGUUAUAGUACCAUACUACCAAUGCAGGGGAUAGUUAUAGGACCAUCCUAACAAUGCAGGGGAUAGUUAUAGUACCAUACUACCAAUGCAGGGGAUAGUUAUAGGACCAUACUACCAAUGCAGGGGAUAGUUAUAGUACCAUCCUACCAAUGCAGGGGAUAGUUACAGUACCAUACUACCAAUGCAGGGGAUAGUUACAGUACCAUCCUACCAAUGCAGGGGAUAGUUACAGUACCAUCCUACCAAUGCAGGGGAUAGUUAUAGUACCAUCCUACCUAUGCAGGGGAUAGUUACAGUACCAUACUACCAAUGCAGGGGAUAGUUACAGUACCAUCCUACCAAUGCAGGGGAUAGUUACAGUACCAUCCUACCAAUGCAGGGGAUAGUUAUAGGACCAUCCUAACAAUGCAGGGGAUAGUUAUAGUACCAUACUGCCAAUGCAGGGGAUAGUUAUAGUACCAUACUACCAAUGCAGGGGAUAGUUAUAGUACCAUCCUACCAAUGCAGGGGAUAGUUACAGUACCAUACUACCAGUGAAAGGGAUAGUUACAGUACCAUCCUACCAAUGCAGGGGAUAGUUAUAGUACCAUCCUACCAAUGCAGGGGUUAGUUACAGGACCAUACUACCAAUUAAAGGGAUAGUUAUAGUACCAUACUACCAAUGCAGGGGAUAGUUAUAGUACCAUAACUAUACUCCCUACAUUGGCAGGAUGAUAUAACAACUAUACUCCCUACAUUGACAGGAUUAUAUAAUAACUAUACUCCCUACAUUGGGAGGAUGGUAUAACAACUAUAGUCCCUACAUUGACAGGAUGAUAUAAUAACUAUACUCCCUACAUUGGCAGGAUGGUAUAACAACUAUACUCCCUACAUUACCAGAAUGGUAUAACAACUAUAUUCCCUACAUUGGCAGGAUGGUAUAACAACUAUACUCCCUACAUUGACAGGAUGAUAUAACAACUAUACUCCCUACAUUGACAGGAUGAUAUAACAACUAUACUCCCUACAUUGACAGGAUGGUAUAACAACUAUAUUCCCUACAUUGACAGGAUGAUAUAACAACUAUACUCCCUACAUUGGCAAGAUGGUAUAAUUAAUAACUAUACUCCCUACAUUGACAGGAUGGUAUAAUAACUAUACUCCCUACAUUGACAGGAUGGUAUAAUAACUAUACUCCCUACAUUGACAGGAUGGUAUAACAACUAUACUCCCUACAUUGACAGGAUGGUAUAAUAACUAUACUCCCUACAUUGGCAAGAUAGUAUUAUAACUAUACUCCCUACAUUGGCAGGAUGGUAUAACAACUAUACUCCCUACAUUGGCAGGAUGAUACAAUAAUUAUCCCCUUCAUUGACAGGAUGGUAUAACAACUAUACUCCCUACAUUGGCAGGAUGGUAUAAUAACUAUACUCCCUACAUUGGCAGGAUGGUAUAACAACUAUACUCCCUACAUUGGCAGGAUGUAUAAUAACUAUACUCCCUACAUUGGCAAGAUGGUAUAAUAACUAUACUCCCUACAUUGACAGGAUGGUAUAACAACUAUACUCCCUACAUUGGCAGGAUGGUAUAACAACUAUACUCCCUACAUUGGCAGGAUGGUAUAACAACUAUACUCCCUACAUUGGCAAGAUGUAUAAUAACUAUACUCCCUACAUUGGCAAGAUGGUAUAAUAACUAUACUCCCUACAUUGGCAGGAUGGUAUAACAACUAUACUCCCUACAUUGGCAGGAUGGUAUAACAACUAUACUCCCUACAUUGGCAAGAUGUAUAAUAACUAUACUCCCUACAUUGGCAAGAUGGUAUAAUAACUAUACUCCCUACAUUGGCAAGAUGUAUAAUAACUAUACUCCCUACAUUGGCAAGAUGGUAUAAUAACUAUACUCCCUACAUUGGCAGGAUGGUAUAGCAACUAUAGUCCCUAUAUUCGCAGGAUGGUAUGACAACUAUACUCCCUACAUUGGGAGGAUGGUAUAACAACUAUAGUCCCUACAUUGGCAGGAUGGUAUAACAACUAUACUCCCUACAUUGGCAGGAUGGUAUAAUAACUAUACUCCCUACAUUGACAGGAUGGUAUAACAACUAUACCCCCUACAUUGGCAGGAUGGUAUGAUAACUAUACUCCCUACAUUGAGAGGAUGGUAUAACAACUAUAGUCCCUACAUUGGCAGGAUGGUAUGAUAACUAUACUCCCUACAUUGGCAGGAUGGUAUAACAACUAUACUCCCUACAUUGGCAGGAUGGUAUAACAACUAUACUCCCUACAUUGGCAGGAUGGUAUAAUAACUAUACUCCCUACAUUGGCAGGAUGGUAUAACAACUAUACUCCCUACAUUGGCAGGAUGAUACAAUAAUUAUCCCCUUCAUUGACAGGAUGGUAUAACAACUAUACUCCCUACAUUGGCAGGAUGGUAUAAUAACUAUACUCCCUACAUUGGCAGGAUGAUACAAUAAUUAUCCCCUUCAUUGACAGGAUGGUAUAACAACUAUACUCCCUACAUUGGCAGGAUGGUAUAAUAACUAUACUCCCUACAUUGGCAGGAUGGUAUAACAACUAUACUCCCUACAUUGGCAGGAUGGUAUAACAACUAUACUCCCUACAUUGGCAGGAUGGUAUAACAACUAUACUCCCUACAUUGACAGGAUGAAAUAAUAAAUAUACUCCCUACAUUGGGAGGAUGGUAUAACAACUAUACUGCCUACAUUGACAGGAUGAUAUAAUUGCUAUACUCCCUAUAUUGGCAGGAUGGUAUAAUAACCAUACUCCCUACAUUGACAGGAUGGUAUAGCAACUAUACUCCCUACAUUGGCAAGAUGGUAUAAUAACUAUACUCCCUACAUUGGCAGGAUGAUAUAAUAACUAUACUCCUUACAUUGGCAGGAUGGUAUAACAACUAUACUCCGUACAUUGACAGGAUGAUAUAAUAACUAUACUCCCUACAUUGGCAAGAUAGUAUUAUAACUAUACUCCCUACAUUGGCAGGAUGAUAUAAUAACUAUACUCCCUACAUUGGCAGGAUGAUAUAACAACUAUACUCCCUACAUUGGCAGGAUGGUAUAAUAACUAUACUCCCUACAUUGGCAGGAUGGUAUAAUAACUAUACUCCCUACAUUGACAAGAUGAUAUAACAACUAUACUCCCUACAUUGACAGAAUGGUAGAACAACUAUACUCCCUACAUUGGCAGGCUGGUACAAUAACUAUACUCCCUACAUUGGCAGGAUGGUACAAUAACUAUACUCCCUACAUUGGCAGGAUGGUAUAAUAACUAUACUCACAUUGGCAGGAUGGUACAAUACCUAUCCCCUGCAUCUCCAGGAUGAUACAAUAUCCACUACUAUGGCAGGAUGUCACAAUAACGAUCUACUACAUUGGCAGGAUGGUACUGUAAGUAUCUCCUCAUAUGGUACAUUAUGUUUCUCAUAUAAUAGCAGAAUGAAGCAAUAAUAUUAACCUGUAUUAGCUAUAUAGUACUGAAAGUGUCCUCUUUGAGUCUUUAUAUUGGCUAUAUGGUACAAGUAUAUGUAUCCUGUUAAGCCAGGGGAGACAUUUGUCAGGUACAUUUUGUUUAUGCUUUUUUAUAUCAACUAAAGUAUUUCUGGAUUCAUUCCAAGUUUGUACAUAAUCUGUAUAUAGCUUCUGUUACUUAGGUGAUCACUCCAUGCAGUAUCUUAUGAAACUUGAUGCAUUUUUUUUUUACAUUUUAAGAACUCAGCUGUAAAU